AGCAUAAAGCAUUAUCCCACUUUAACCUAAAGAAUGGUGUUUGUUUUUGUUCUUUAUUUACAGAAAGAUUAGGUAAAGAAGACAAAGAAAACUGUGGGCAUAUUGGCAUUGAGGAGUUGCAGAAAGCACACAAAAGAAAAGGGGAACAAUUCCUAGUGCUUCCUCUCUGUGUCCAACACCAUUGGUUAUCUUCUUCUGCUUAGAACAGCCAUUAAAAGUUUAAAACCAUCAAACAUAAGACUUAGUUUUCAUCACAGACAUGGAACCUCUCCUCAAAAUGCUGUCUUCUGCUAUCUCUGCUGGUUUCUUCACUCUUCUUCUUCUACCAUUUCCAUUGAUUCAAGGCCAUGCAGAAAGAGAUUGGAACCACACACACAACAAACACAAUCUUCAUCAGGUGAAUCCAAAGCUGCUGUUUGAGAUCAAACUUCAUGGGUUUCUCCUCUGGGCUUCCCUAGGUUUCUUGAUGCCUGUUGGCAUUCUGGUGAUAAGAAUGUCUCACAGAGAGGAACAUGGAAGAAGGGUGAAGAUCAUGUUCUAUACACAUGUUGUCCUAGAGAUACUUGCUGUCCUCCUUGCAACAGCAGGAGCAGCAAUGUCACUGAAACACUUCGACAACUCUUUUAGCAACACUCACCAGAGGUUAGGAUUAGCCCUUUACAUCAUCGUAUGGCUGCAAACCUUAAUUGGAAUCCUACGGCCACACAGGGGGAGCAAGGCAAGGAGUGUGUGGUUUUUUGCACACUGGUUACUUGGCACUGCACUCUCAUUAUUGGGAGUAAUCAACAUCUACACUGGCCUGCAAGCCUACAACAAGAGAACAUCAAGAAGCACAAACAUUUGGACCAUAAUUUUCAGCACCCAGAUUUCUCUUCUUGUCUUCUUCUAUCUUUUCCAAGAAAAAUGGCACUAUAUAAAGAACAAAGCAGGCUCCAUUUUGGGCAGCAAUGAAGCAGUACAACCUACGACAGAUCAAGAAACAUUCCCAGUAGUAGCAGACAAUGAGAAAAAGGCAGAUGUAUGCUAAAAUAUUGGUUGGGCAAAAACCUUAAUUAGUCAAGAUCUCGUUUUCUACCCUCUCUUCGAUUUACCUCUCUUGUGUAGUUUACGGGAUACUACACAUGAAGUAAGGUUUAGCCAGUGCAUACCCUCGUGUAGUGGCUGCAGAUUUGCUACCGAAAAAAAUUGUUUUGUACCCGGAUUUGUUGGUUUUGGUAACUGGUAAGGAUGUAUGUAGUUAUGCACAUACACAUAUGUAUAUAUGCAGAAUGUACACGAGUGUGUGUACGAAAUGUAUGCAUAUAUGCACAUGUAUAUGUGCAGUGCAAAAAAAAAAUGUAUAGGUGUGAGAUGAGUAGUGUUAUUAUUUUUUGGACUGCUCAUCUAUGUAUUAGCUGCCAAUUAAAUUGACUUUUGAUUUGAUACGGGAUAAUAUAGAGUUUGAAUCUUGGUUUUAUGA